AGUCGGGUAGGUGAUUUCUGCUGUUCAGCCGACUUGCAGAGUGAGCAUUGAGCCUGACAAAUCGUGACGAUGUCGUACUCCAACACUCUUGGGGCUCGCCAAGCCCUCCAGGAACACGUUCUCGCUGUUUCGAGGGACUUUAUCUCUCAGCCGCGGCUCACGUACAAAACCGUAUCCGGUGUGAACGGUCCACUGGUAAUCUUGGACGAGGUGAAGUUCCCCAAGUUUGCUGAAAUUGUGCAGCUGAGGCUUGCCGAUGGAUCCCUGCGAUCUGGACAGGUCCUUGAGGUCUCGGGAUCGAAAGCUGUCGUACAGGUGUUCGAGGGUACCUCCGGAAUCGACGCCAAGAACACGCUCUGUGAAUUCACCGGUGAUAUUCUCCGUACCCCCGUCUCUGAGGACAUGUUGGGUCGUGUAUUCAACGGCUCAGGAAAACCCAUCGACAAGGGACCCCCGAUUCUCGCCGAGGACUUCCUUGACAUUCAGGGACAGCCCAUCAAUCCCUGGUCCCGUAUCUAUCCAGAGGAGAUGAUCCAAACUGGUUUAUCCGCCAUCGAUGUAAUGAAUUCUAUCGCUCGUGGUCAAAAGAUUCCAAUUUUCUCCGCAGCAGGUCUGCCGCACAACGAAAUCGCCGCUCAAAUUUGUCGUCAAGCUGGUCUUGUGAAAUUGCCUGGAAAAUCUGUGCUCGACUCUCACGAGGAUAACUUUGCCAUUGUCUUCGCCGCUAUGGGUGUCAACAUGGAGACGGCACGUUUCUUCAAGCAAGAUUUCGAGGAAAACGGUUCCAUGGAAAACGUGUGCUUGUUCUUGAAUUUAGCCAACGACCCGACCAUCGAGCGUAUCAUCACUCCUCGUCUGGCUCUUACCGCCGCCGAAUUCCUUGCUUACCAAUGCGAAAAACACGUCCUGGUUAUUCUAACUGACAUGUCUUCCUACGCCGAAGCUUUGCGAGAGGUUUCAGCUGCCCGUGAAGAGGUACCCGGACGACGUGGUUUCCCUGGUUACAUGUACACCGAUUUGGCCACCAUAUACGAACGUGCCGGACGUGUAGAGGGACGCAACGGAUCCAUUACCCAGAUUCCUAUUCUUACUAUGCCCAACGACGACAUUACUCACCCUAUUCCUGACUUGACCGGUUACAUCACCGAGGGACAGAUUUACGUAGAUCGUCAGCUUCACAACAGGCAGAUCUACCCACCCAUCAACGUACUCCCGUCACUUUCCCGUCUCAUGAAGUCCGCCAUUGGCGAAGGCAUGACCCGAAAGGAUCACUCCGACGUUUCCAACCAGCUGUACGCUUGCUAUGCCAUCGGUAAGGAUGUCCAGGCCAUGAAGGCUGUCGUCGGUGAGGAGGCUUUGACCCCUGAUGAUCUCCUGUACCUUGAGUUCCUUGGCAAGUUUGAGAAGAACUUCAUCUCUCAGGGCAGCUACGAAAAUCGUACGGUAUUCGAAUCGCUUGACAUUGGCUGGCAGUUGCUUCGUAUAUUCCCCAAGGAGAUGCUGAAGCGUAUCCCAGCUUCCACACUGGCAGAAUUCUACCCCAGAGACUCUCGCCAUUAAGCGUAUAAAGUAACUGUUGUUUAAUUGGCCGACAACAUCUUUUACGGGCCAAUUAAAUGUCACAUAUACAUACAAAGAACGACAAAUAGCGAAAUCGGUUGUAACGUACCAAAAGGUCUGUGUUAUAUAUCAUGUAAUAUACUAAAACAGCUGCUACACUAAAGCGCUACCUAUUGAUUAUCGAAAGUAUUACUAAGAUCCUUACGAUUUUUUUUCGUGUAUCAAACACGUCCGUCACAGUGGUAAAACGAUUACGGUUUACGGUUUCAAUUCGUAUUCAAUAAUCUAAUACCAUCAACUUUGUUUCGAGAUCCUAAGCAAUUCAAAAGGUAUAUACCUAGUCCGGUACCUUGAACAUUAACAGAGAGAUGAGGAGAUAAUUUAAAAAUUAAAGAAAUUUGAAAUAAUGAAAUGAAUAAACUGAUGGCCGAUUUGAUGAAUUAAAAAAAUAAAAUAAAUCUAGCCACGCGAGAUAAGACAAUAUUGUAAAUGUUUUCUUCUGUCAUAAUAUUAAAAUAUACAUAUAUGUUUUACUAUUAAAUUUAGGGCCGUAGAUAAAUCGUACAUAUUUCAUUCUAGGCAUAGGUAUUAGAGCUAUAUUAGCACGUUAAACUGAAAGUGAAAAUCAUCCAUUGAAUACUUUCAACGAAAGCGUCCCAUGUUCGAAGUUAUUAAUUCAGGAAGGAAAAGUACCAAGACGACGCUUGAAUUUGGGGAUUACUGAGAAAUCAAAGCAGCUUACACCAAGGCCAAACGUGUUUUAUCGUCCGAUAAAGUAUAAAGCUACGCACAAAAUCAUGGUUUCGACGUAUUCCUCCAUGCCGAGCUAGUGAACUCUACAAACUCACAAUUAUCUUUACGCGAUGGGAUAAAGUAUACAGUCUAUUAAAGGGUCGUGUAAAUUGUAAUAUAUUGUGUAUUCAGUAUUGUAAAAAAUUGUUAACUAAUCCAGUUCACUUUGAAUCAAUGUCUUAUAAAUGGCAUAAAAUUGUCCCUACAUUCCAAUAAGACCGUAAAAACGAUGAACAAAAGAAACUAUUCUUUACAAAUAAUAUGUGAAGCUGCAUCAUAGAAGUUCGAUUCUCCGAUAACCCUGACUGCUGGUUUACAUUUUAAAACUUGGUUACUAAACUUGCGCUAAAUGGAAACACAUUUUCUUUGAGAGAAAAAUUUAACUAUGUUGUGAAUAUCUGUAUCACGGAGAUUAUAAUUAAACAAUAAAAAAAAACCAUUGUGUUAAUGACGAAU